AUGUUUGGUAAAUCACCUUUCGGUUCAUCCAAUACAUCUGCAUUUGGUGCAGGUAGCUCGUUGUUUGGGUCAUCUACUAAUCGACCAACAACAGGAUUUGGGACGCAGACAACCACCCAGAGUACGGGCUUAUUUGGACAGAAAUCUAUUUUCGGUUCUCCUGGACAGUCGACAUCACUUUUCGGAAGUGCGCAACCGGCUUCCUCUGCUUCAACAUCAAUAUUUGGUCAAUCAAAACCACUUUUUGGUGCAUCGUCAACAACGCAGUCGACGAGUUUCGCUGGUACCACAUCACUGUUUGGUUCGGCUCAGUCGACACAACAGACUGGCGGUGUUUUCGGAUCAAGUUUCGGAACAUCAAAUAUAUCGGGCACAACUCUUAAAUUUGAACCUCCCACAUCCACAGAUACUAUGCUUCGUAAUGGUACAAAUCAAACGAUCAGUACGAAACACAUGUGCAUCACUGCCAUGAAACAGUAUGAAACUAAAAGUUUGGAGGAGCUGAGAUGUGAAGAUUACUUGGCGAAUAGAAAAGGCCCUCAGAGUGGUGGUUUGGUAUUCGGUCAAACUUCACAACCAUCUUCUUCGUUGUUUGGUUCUAGCACUACUACAGCACAAUCUUCAAUUUUUGGACAAAGUAAACCACUGUUUGGAAGCUCCUCGACUAGUUUUGGUGCUACAACCACGACCUCAUCUUUGCUGUUUGGAACUCCAACAACCGCCACAUCGAUUUUCGGCAAUAAACCAGCAACUGGAGGACUGUUUGGUUCUUCCUCCACAACAUCACCAUUUGGACAGACUCAGACCAGUACAGGAUUAUUUGGCACUAAAUCAACGACGGGUUUCGGUACUCAGAGUUCGUCACUUUUUAAUGGACCAGCUUUUAGCACUGCUACAUCCUCGUCAAACCCAUUUACAUUUGGUAACAGCACGCAACCUUCAGUAUCGACUACUUCGGCAAGUCUUUUUGGUGCUAAACCGUCUACUUCUAGUUUUGGUGCUUUCGGUACAUCUACGUCCACAGCUUCACCCUUUGGGAAUCAAUCAGCGGGUGGACUUUUUGGGUCUAAGCCAACGGCUGGUGGAUUAUUUGGUUCAAAUACAGUUUUCGGUUCUGCGUAUCAAGUAGCAGGUGGCAGUGUAUCGUCAGCGGUACCCAUCGUUUUGGGUGCCGAUUUUAAUCAGUGGCAAAUUGAGAAAGCAGUAAUUGAAGCACAGUUGGCAUCAAGUCCUUACGGUGAUAAUCCGUUGUUAAAACUUUUAACGACUGAAUCACAAGAGAAAUCAAAUAUUCCUAAUCCAAUCAGCAUCGAACGACAAAUUCGAUUUUUGGCUUCAAAGAAAGAAGCAGGUGCGGUGACGACAACAACACCGAGUGGACCACUUGCACUGGGUUCAAUACCUGCUGCUGCAUCACGUAUCAAACCUUCAGCCAAAUCCCGAGAUAGUAUUGGCGAUUUUACAUAUCACUCCAUGUUUUUGCCACCUGGUCUCAGAGGAACUAAUAAGAAGAACACAUCGUUGAAUCAUGAUAACACAAUUAAUAGGUCGUGUGGUACCAAUGGUUCAUCUUCAUCAGUAGAUCCUUCGAGUUUUCUAGGAAUAAAUACUAGUCAGUCAUUGAAGUCAAAGUAUAACUCGAAUGUGAAACGACUUGAUCUCAGUGUUCUUCAUAAAUAUGUGGAGAAUCGACGAAAUUCUACCAAUUCAGCAACUUUUUCACCACCAGCGGCGCAAAUUAGUGGCGAUAAUGAAGCGACCGAUAAUGCACGAGUUGGAGCAGUUUCAAAGAUAGAUACUCGGUCAGUUACUACCGAGUUGACAACAACGGGACAGAAAAUAGGCGUUUCAUUCAUGUUGCCACCUUCGGAAAGUUUAUCAAUAAACAAAACAACAGUUGAAGAAGGACGACCAACUGUCAAUUCUCACUCUUCCUUACAGCGGCCUGCUGAAUUUCCUCCGCCAUUGACUUAUUCCGAGGAUGAGAGCAUUAGUAAUUCACUGAAUAUGACUAACAAGAAUACUGCCAAUGCCUCUUCUGAAAAUGUUUCGGUACGUAGUGUUCAUCCAGCAGGCAUAAUUUUAACAAGGCAAGAUUAUGAAUGCGAACCAUCUCUAGAGGAACUGGCAGAAAUGGCACUGAAAAAUAACGGUAUCUGUCAUGUUGAAAGUGGCUUCACAGUACGUCGAUUGGCUUUCGGAAGUGUUUUUUGGCCCGGACCAUUUGACUUGCAGAAUGUUAAUUUGGAUAAGGUAGUACAUUUCCGUCAGCACGAAGUGAUUGUUUAUCCUGAUGAUAAUUGUAAACCACCAGUUGGAAUGGAAUUAAAUCGGUUUGCAGAAGUUAGUUUGGACCGAGUUUGGCCUCGCGAUAAGAAAACAAAGGAGUAUAUCGUGGAUCCUCUUCGGCUAGAAGAAUUGGGCUAUCGAGCAAAACUAGAACGUGCUUCAUCAAAAAUGGGAGCAAAAUUCAAAGAUUAUCGUCCUGAAACAGGCACUUGGGUUUUCACAGUGCCACACUUUACCAAAUACGGAUUAACGGACGAUGAUGACGAUGAUGUGCUUGAUGAGACGCAGUUAAAAAUGGCCUUCAAAGCUAGUAGAAUCCAGAAUGCUGUGCAACGCGCCAAAUUACCGAAACUGAAGGUUGCUCAUGAACAUGACAUCUUCUCAGUGGUGUCAAGUGGUUCUACAACUAAUCGUUCCCAAGACUGUCACGAAGGCUUAAAACAAACUAAUUCAAUGCUUUUUGUACGCGGAUUGGGUGGAAUCAAUGGUUAUAGAAAAUCAUUUCCCGAGCAGAACGUCCAUACACAUGUUGAGCAUCACUCUAUUCAGCCAAACAUAAUGUCAGAAGCGGAACAUAAAAUGGAACUUUCUGACAAUAAGACAGUUCUAGAUGAUUUGGUGAGUGAUUCUAUUCUAAUUGAUGCAGAAGGACACGAUGAUGACAUGUACCAGACGCAGAUGUUUCUUACUGAUCCGGUUAAUGAGAUAAAAAAUUAUUUUAAAGAAGGCGAACAAGUAGUAAUGAGAAUAGCCAAAAGAACCGGUACCUUUAUAGACGGCUCAUUAAUGAAUGGUAGAUGUGGACGUAUAAGUUGGAAUCAUGGACGUGUAUAUUGGAUGAGCGAUCUUCCAAAUUCGGUAUCAGUCCGAUGUCUUAAGUUUCAGUGUAUUGAUCAAGUGCCUACCGAAUAUAUUAUCGAUCUGUUUCAAAAAAUCAGCUUGAUGAGUAAAGUAGUAAAUAAUAAGGAAACCGAGAAUUUGGUUUUCCAGAAUGUUUCACAAAGAAAACCAGAUGGAGAGUUUCCCGAUUUAAUAAGUUCUUCCUUGACGACAUCGAAGCUUAACAGCAUGGCACAUGAUUCAAAUGUUUUUGAAUUAUGUGAUGCUCUUUUUGGCUCUCAAAUUACAGCUAGCACCAGUUACACCAAAAUGUUAAAUCGCCGUGAAGAGGUUGCAAAAUGGCUACAGAAGUAUCUGGCAACUGUUGAACAGCAUGGAAAACCAUCACCAUCCGGUUUCGCUAAAAUUCUUCACUUAAUGUUGAUAGGUGAAUUGGAAGCUGCAGUAGAGGAAGCUAUCGAUAGCAAUUAUCCUCAUCUUGCGUGCGGACUUUCAGUAUUUAAGUAUAGUGACAGGACGGCUUACAAAAACCAGGAGUGCAAAUUCAUUGACGAGAAUCUGCUGAAAAUUUAUCUUCUGAUGGCAGGAGAAAUGCAAGCUGAAAUAAAUGGCAGAAUGUUCUUUGUGAAUGAUGGUUUGGAUGGAUUAAAAGCAUUAUAUACAUUCGUUUCCUAUUUUGAUCCAUUUGAUGCUUCAUUAAAAUGUGUUUUGCAUGCUUUCGAAAACGAUUUGAAGGCACGAGAAGUAGAGCAUACUUUGAAAUGCAAUAUAUUUUUUAAACUUAUUCAGUUAGCUUGUGAUCCCAGUCAGUCUAUGGAAGCUGUUCUGGAGCCUGACUGCACUGCUUUACAUCCUAUGGAUUAUCAUUUAUGCUGGCAUUUGUGGUUUAUUUUACGAAUUUUGAGAUUUGAACAUCCGUCAGAAUCUGUUGAACAUGUACUUCAUAUUCGAUAUGCUGAACAACUUUGUCAAAUGCAACUGUACCAUCUCGCUGCAAUUGUACUGAUGCAUAUUUCUGAUUUGCAAAGUCGAAAUGAUUCUUUGAUCGAACUUUGUGAUCGAAUCGCGGAUAAAGCUGAUGAGGAAACUUAUAUGAAACUGUCAACAGUGGCGCUUCUACCAGAUUCUGUUAUUGCUCGGUCAAGAUAUAUGAGAGCGAAAUUGGAAGGUAAUGAAGUUAAAAUGUGUUUAUAUGCUCUGAAAGGUGGCAUGCUUGAUGAAGCACAUUCUGUUUUCUUCGAAAAAGUUGCGCCCAACAUGAUUAUAUCAGAUAAUUACGAGUGCUUGAGUGAACUUGGUGGUUUGUUUGAGGAGGUGAGUGAUCAAAUACCAGCGUGGGGACCAGGAGGGCAAAUUUUCACCGAUUUUCAUCAUGUUAAAAAAAGAUUGGAAGAAAUUGGAGAUGAUGAGGAGGUAAAAGAAAUUAUGGAAUUGGCACACUCACUUGAAUUACGGUUGGUUGCUAUGCCCGUAAGCAACCCCAUACAAAGACUUGCUGCAACAGUAAUGUCCAAAUAUGUUUUCAAACUAAUCUAUGGCUAUGAAGGUACUGAAACGGAAAAUCUACCAUUAACUUAUGAAGAUAAAUUGGAAAUUGCCAGUGAUCUGGAAAUUCUUCCGAAUUUUUCUGUGGAUUGUACUGCUUUUCCAGUAUCAGUCGUGAGGUGCAGCAAUAGUGAUUAA